UGCGCGCUGCCGCCUGCCAUUGGCCGGAAGCGCCGCCCCGGAAGCGCGGGGCCGUUCCGGUGCGGGCGCAGGUACCGGAGCAGCAGCGAGGGGAUCCAGCAGGACGGUGUUUCACCCCGAUCCCGGGAUCGCCGCUGAGGCAGGAGCAGGAGGGAGCCAUGGUGUGCAUUCCCUGCAUCGUGAUCCCUGUCCUGCUGUGGGUCUACAAGAAGUUCAUGGAGCCCUACAUCUACCCCGUGGUCGCGCCCUUGGUCAAGCGCUUCUGGCCCGGGAGGGCUGUGCAGGGGCCGGCAGGCAGCUCCGGGGACCUGCAGGCACCCGCAGCCGCCAGGACAGGCCAGCAGGAUGGACCCGGAGGCCACAAAGUAAGAGAAAUUCACCCAGCUGAGCCACCCAGUGGCGGCUCAGGGAAGUCUGAAAGCAAUGGCAUUGCAAAUGGAAGUGCUGCAACAAGAUCCACAGCAGUUUGUGACAAGAAAACAGCUUAAAGAAGUUUAUUCCUAAGGAUUUUAUUCCUUUGUGUCCAGUAUGAACUGCUGAUAUUCCUCUCACUUUGAGACUUUUUUCUUUGCACAUUUUAGCGGAAUAAAAAAUUUUAUUGCUAGCAGAAGAGAGUCUCUUUUGCCACUAAAAUGGCAGCUGGCUCAUUUGUUUAUUUAAAAUAUUUGAAAGCUGAAGUUGCUGUAUUUUUCUCGCUGGAACUGCUUUGCAUCUACCAUCCGUUUGGUGUGAUUAGAGUUUAGGUUAAAUAACUUAAGAAUAAAUCUGUCUGUGGAAGGUAAAUGUAUCUUAGCAUCUUGAUGUCACUAAGUGCUAGUGCAGUACUUGAGGCUUUCACCUUAAAGGCUUUGUCUGUUCCUUGGUGAAGAACUGUGGACUGCAUUGUGACAACAAAAGCUCAUCAUUUAUCUGUGAAGAAUUUUAAUUUCUCAUGUCAAAUCUAUGGAUGAGCUAAAGGAGUUAUGCUACAUACAAAAUUUACUUAGCUUGCUAAAAGCAGAAAGUCUUGAUGUGAUACUUUCCUUAAUUAUUUUCCUUGAAAUGUUAUUCCCUUUUUUUUUUCUUUUCCUGAAGAGGAGCAGCAGAAGCAUGAUGCAAGAGAAUGUUGCUUUAUGUUCUGUUGUGGUGAUUUAAAAUGGUGCAGUUCUGGCUUUAAAAAAAAAGCAAACCCAACUUCCCACUAAAACCUCUUUUAACAUGCUUGUGGAAUUUUCAUUAUAAUAAACUAGGAUUUUACUUAAAAAUAA